AUGAAAUUAGGUACUGUAAGAAGUUUGUUUGAGUUUAGAGAUACAACAACAGAGGGAAUUUUAGAAAAUCUCAUAGUCUCUGUAGGUAUGGCAUAUGUAAGCGAUAAUAUAUAGGACAACUCUAAGGAUUAGGACUGCCUGAUAUUUGUAUAAUUUGUAAGAAAUAACCUUUGGGAAUGUUUAAAUCAGGAUUUGAUCAAUGGUCAAGUUUCCAUUGUGUAUUAGGGAUUUGUCCAACUUCUUAGGCUGAAGUUUCAGCUUAUAUUCAAUCAUUAAUGAUGAAUUAAGAAAAAGACACUUUUUCUAAAAUAUUUGGAAGUGAUGUCAUAAUUUUUAAGGUAAUUUUAAUUUGAUUAAUUAUUAGAUAACUUACAUAACAUAUGAUAUCUUUUCAAAGAUUCUUUUAGUUUGUUAAUUUGAAUAGCCAAGUGAAGGGUUAUCUUAGUUUAAAAAUUAUGGAAUUCAAUAAAAUAAAUAAUGUAUUCAAUUAACAAAAAGUCAUUGGGAAGGAGCACAUAUAAGUGGAAUUUUAAGGAUUUUAGAUUCCAAUUUCAAAAUGCCUAAUAUUGGUAGAUUCUAUAAUUAGACUAGUAUAAACAAUCCAAAAUUUUUAUAAAAUCUCAUAUCAAAAUUGCUAUAAAAAAUAUCAGGUCUAGAUAAUUAAUUUUAAGAUCUCAACAAAAUAAAAUCAAAAUCUGAAUUUCCUCCUCUUAAUGAUAUAAUGUUUUAUCUUAAUUGGCCUUUAAGUCUUAUCUUCAAUUAUUUAUACAAUACAUGUUAAUUAGAUUUAUUACUUGAAUAAUUCAAUAACUUAGAAGAUAAUAUUAUCUUUAAAUUAAUUAAAUCUUUAAUACACUACAAGAUGAAGUAAUAUAUAGUUUGAUUGUAGAAAUUACAAUAAAAGUUUGAACGAAUUAAUAAAAUUGUAGGAUUCCAACAAUUGGUUUAAUCUACCCAAAUUCAUCAUGGCAAAUAUUUUUAUAAAACAAAAUAAUUUUGAGAAAGCUUUUAUUUUAUUAAAAGAUUUGUUAGUGGAAUGUUAUGAAAAUUAAUCUAUUUGGAUAACUAUGGUAUUAAAAAUAUAUUUAAUAAAUUAGUCUAAAAUAUUUAGAAAAUAAAAGUUAUUUCAAAUUAGUCUAAUAUUCUUAAAUAGAGCUAUUUCUUUGCCAUAAAAAUAGACAGUGAAAUUAAUAUGGAAUGAAAUGAAUUUAAUCAAUUAUAGACUAUUAACUCAAAAUAAGACAUUAUAAUUUCCUUCAUAAUUAGAUUAGAUAUAUAAAAUUGUACAUCCUUUAGCAGCUGAUAAAAUUGAAUGUUAUGUUCAAUUAUGUGGAUAUCCAAGUAUAGAUAAUUUACUAGUUCGACCUAGAUUAAAUAAUAAAAAGGAUUAGAGAGUAUUAUCUUAAUUUAAUUUCUCAUAGCAUACAAUUGAAAUCAUGUCUAAACACUUUUCAAGACCAGAAUUUAAAGUCAAUUAAUAAACUUAUGAUAUUUUAAUGCAUAAUGAACUUUUAGAAAUAGAAAGUGAAUUAUCUAAUAUUCUCAAUGAAAUUAUUAAAAUUUAAUAAGUAGUAGGAUACUAAAAAUUAAAAUCUUAUAUCAAUUAGUAUUUUUAUACUUCAGCAAAAGUAAUCUAAAAAUAAAUUGAUUAAAUAUAUGAUCCUAGUGAAUUCUAAAUUGCUAUCAAAAAUCAAAGAAAUUUAAAUUUAAAUGUUAGUUAAAUAAGCAAUACUAAUGUAUUAUUAUUAUCUUAAUAAUUUAAGAAAAGCAUGUGUAAUCCAAGACUCUUAGAAGACAUAGAUGAUUGUGAUUCUGAUGAAGAAUAACCAGAGUUUCUUAAAAAAUAAAAAAUCAAUAAAUCAUUUGAUUUUACAAAUGUAGGUCCUAAAAUGUAUUAGACUCCUCAACAUAAUAGUAAGAUUGCAAAAUCUCCAUUAAAAUUUACAAGUAUCAAAAAGAAAUAAUAAUAAUUAAAAAAAGCAAACACAAUAAUUAUAGAAAAUGCUUUUGAAAGUAUUGAAUCUGAAAGAUAAAACAAAUAAUUCAUUACAAUUGUAAAUAGAGUUAAUAUUUAAUAAAAUGAAAUGAUAUCAUAAGCACCUAAAUCAGGUUAAGAUGCACAACCAUAAAGAUUAUUUAUAUAUGGUUUAAUAUCUUACUUAAAUUAAAAUUUAAGUCAAUAAGAAUAAGUUUAGAUGAAUGAAUAAUUGAAAAGAAGAAAAGAAUAAGUUAAUAAUCUCCUAUCAGGAAUGGUGGAAACCAUUAAUAAAAUAUAAACUGAACUAGAUUCAUUAUUUUAUCCUUCUCAAGAAUAAAAUAAAUAACAAAAUAAUUAAUAAAACUCUCAAAUAAAUUAAAUUAAUGUAUAAUAAUCAGCAAAUUCAUCAUCACCUUUAUUUAAGUCAAAUCUAAAGAAGGCUUUAUAGAACAAAUAGCAUUUAGGUGGAUAAGUAGAAUUAAAGGAAUUCUAUAUUGUACAUCCUUUAAAUGAAGAUGAACCAGAUAAAGAGAAGACAUAUAUAUCUUUUAUUAAAGCUGAAUCAAUGUUUUUAUAUAAAUGUGCUCGUUUAGCAUAGAAAUUAAAAAGGAAUGAUUUAAGCUAUUCUAUCUUAUAAAGAUUGAGUAGUAAAAUUAUAUCAGUAUAAAUUACAGCACUCUUUUUUAAUAUCAUUAAGGACAACAAUAAAUUGCUGAUUAGACAGUAAUAAUUAUUUAUAAAGAUAUUAAUAGAAUUUAAAAGAUGUUAGCUGACUUUCAAGAAUGUGGAAUUAGUCAAGUAGGAUUUGUACCUUUAUGGUUAGAGAUGAGAAUUGUUAAGAUGACAAAGUAAUAUGGGGCUAAUUAAAUUCUUGCAUUACUAUCUUCAUCAGAGACUGACUUCACAUUUUAUUUAAUUAAAAAGAUCAUUCUAACAACUGACAAUUUAAUUUGA